GUUAACGUGUCAAGCAUUUCUUGAACCAGCCUUGGAGCACCUUGGCCUUUGUUGUACCACGUUGUUUUCGGAUAGGAGGUAAUUCAGUGCUGUUUAUCACUCGAUUGUGUUUUUCCUUUUGAAAUAGUUUAGACUAACGAAAGUUAUUUGCAUCAAUAAGAAAAUUUUGAAGAAAACGCAAUAGAAAAAUUGUUUUCUAAUAUUAUUAUUUUGUCUUCUGUUAACAUGGUUUAUAAUAGUAAGUUAUCUGUUUAUGAAACUCAAAAGGCAAUCAAAUUGAUUAAAGUAAAAUUUGAAGAUGAAUUGUGUAAUAAAUUAAAUUUAACUCGUAUAUCCCCACCACUUUUUGUGGAAACUAAUUCUGGAAUAAAUGAUGAUCUGAAUGGCAGUGAAAGACCGGUUGCUUUUGAUACAAAAUCUGGAAUAUCUGCAUCUGUUGUUCAAUCACUUGCCAAAUGGAAAAGAUUAGCGCUUAAGAAAUAUGAGUUUGAAGUAUACUCUGGAUUAUAUGCGAAUAUGAAUGCUAUAAGAAGAGAUGAAGACUUAGGGCCCAUGCAUUCUAUUUAUGUAGAUCAGUGGGAUUGGGAAAAAGUUAUUAAGGAAGAAGAUAGAAAUACGGCAUACCUUCAGUCUGUGGUGAAAGAUAUUUAUGUGUGUAUUCAGGCAACAGAAAAAUUUAUCAGGGAAAAGUACCCUGUGUUACGUCAAAAACUUCCUGAACAAAUCACUUUCAUCAGUUCUCAACAAAUGGAGGAUGAAUUUCCUCAGUUAUCACCAAAAGAGCGUGAAAAUGAGUACACAAGAAAAUAUGGUGCUAUCUUCAUUUCUCAAGUUGGAAAAACAUUAAAAUCUGGACAAAAACAUGAUGGCCGAGCUCCUGAUUAUGAUGACUGGGAAUUGAAUGGUGACAUUCUUGUACAUCAUGAUGAACUUGAUGUUGCUUUCGAGUUGUCAAGUAUGGGUAUCAGAGUUACAAAAGAUUCUUUAAUAACCCAACUCACUGAAUUAAGUGCAUUAGAUAGAUUGAAUUUGCCCUUCCAUAAAGCUUUAGCAAAUGGUGAAUUUCCUUUUACUAUUGGUGGAGGUAUUGGUCAGUCUCGCUUAUGUAUGUAUCUGCUGGAUAAGAUACAUAUUGGAGAAGUACAAGCUUCUGUGUGGGAUGAAGAUAUCUUGGCUGAUUGUGCAAAAAGAAAUAUUAAGCUUUUAUAAAAUGUAUUAUUUUCUAAAUCAUUUUUUUUAUUGGGUAUUAUAUAUUUUUUGAGUAUCUAACUAUAUGGAUACUUUUUGGGUAUUUUGUAAUGGGAAUGGUAUAUUUUUAUUAUAUCAAAUAUUAUUAUUAUUAAAUGUUUCAAUAUAUAUCUAAUUUUUGUACCUCUUGCCAUUAGGAAUAUUCAACUUAUUUUAUUAUAAGGCUUUAUAAAAAAUAUAGUUGCAUUUUGAUAUGGUUUAUUUUUUCUAAUUGAUUCUUAAUUACACACAAUUAAGUUGUUUUGUAUAUUUAUUCUAUUUUAAUUUGUUUCUGGUCUGGUUUUCUUAUUUUUAUAACAGUUAAUAGACUUAUUGAAUGUAUUACUCUAAAAGUGUAAUGAGAAUCUCAAAUCUUUGUUAUUGUUAUGUUUUGAAAUUUGAUUUUGUGACAAUGUUUUAUAUUCUUUAGCUUUUACAUUUUCAUAUUUCAUUUAUUAAGCCUUGUUAAAUGAAAUAAAAUAUGUUUAGUUAUAGCAUAAGAAGCUAGUACAUUGUUUAUGCUCAUAAAUAUAUAGGAAUCUAUGAACUUAAUAAGAUGUAUGUCUAUUUUCCAAUCAGAUUGUCUAUGAUCCAGCUGUUAUCAAUCAAUGUCUAGAAACAAGAUAGCUGCAAAUGUAAUUAUUUUUGCCAAUGAUUUUAGAAUCAAAGACCUUAUUUUCUAAAUAAGUUUAUUAUAUCUUCUCUUCCAUAAUUUAUUGAAUUUUGUUUCCUUUCAAAAUAAUUGGUUUCGUAUAUAUAUAUAUAUAUAUAUAUAUAGACUAAAAGUUUGUUCUUUGUUUUUGUAAUAACAAAAUGCAUUCAUUUUUAUUUUGACUUCAAUAAUUUAUCUUUUUGAAUGUCUUUUAUCAUUUUUUUUUCACUCUUAUGUCAUAUAUUAAAAAUGAUUAUCAUAUACUUUACAUUUAUAAAUUGCAUUUUACCAAAACAGUGCGAUUGUUUAGCUUUUCUUUUUUACAUACAAUUUCAAAAAAAUAUUGCCAUUUAAAAUUAUACUGAUCUCACUUAUCCAUUUAUAUUGUAAUAUCAGCAAUUUUUUAUUUUAUUGUGAUUGUCUUUUGCAAGAGUGGUUAUUAUAUUUAUAUAUUUGUUUGAAAUGAAUUUAAACUAAGCAAGCAGAUUUAAUCAAAGAUUUUUAAUUUUAAAAAUUAAUGUUUCUAAAUAUUUACUUUUUAAUGUAUGAAUAAUAUCUUUUAAAUUUUGACUUGAUUCUAAAGUUUUAUUAAUUAUUUUAUUGAAUCUAAAAAGCAUGCAAUAAUUGUUUUUAUAUUGAAUUAAUUAUAUUUGCUUUUAUGAACUUUUCUUUUGUUUUCUAUUUAUGUGUGUUUUGCAAAUCAGAUAUUUUUACUUUUCUUGCAAAAAAUAUUUCAAGCUAGAGUCUUCACAAUUUUUAAAAUUUACAAUCAUAAAUUUUCAGGAUAAUUUGUAUGGAGCAAGUAGAAAUUAUUUGAUAUUUUUCUAGUCCAUUUUUUAAAAAAUGGUAUAUUUGAUUUUUUUAAUUUAAAUAAUUUUUUUAGUCUUCUAUAUCCAUCUUAGUCUUAUAUAUGUAAAAUUUUGCAACCAAUUUUAAAGUAACUCUCGGAUAAGGUAGACUUGAUAACUAAAUUUGUACAAGAAAGCAAAUUAGUAUUACAUCAUCAUUCAUUUCUGACCUUUGAUUAAAAUUCCUAGUUCAUUUAGAAGUUAGCUUAAAGUUGAUUGCAAAAUUUGUGCUAAACAGUCACUUAAAAAAAAAAAAAAAGAGUUAAUGAAAAGAAUGUUAAAAUCGCCUAUUUCAAAAGAACGUAUUUUUGCCAUGAUAAUGAAAAUGAUCCAUAUUAUGUUUAAAAUCAAACAAAUCUAAAUAAUGUAGGUUUUUUAAAUUAUUUUUUUUUAAUUAUUUAACUAAAAAAAGAAGAAAAAAUAUGCAUGUAGUUUUGAGAUUGAAAUUUGUGUGUGUUUCUGUCUUUUAUAAAUUGGAGUUAAGAGAUUUUUGCAAUUAGGCUGACAUCUGAUUUUUGACUCUUCUUUACUUUUUACUUAUAUAUGAGUAAUUCAUGUUUAAAAAUUUAUUAUUAAAAAGAGUAUCUAUAUUUGUUUAAAGGAGUAUCUUUUGAAGAAGUCUUCGUAAGUUCUCAUUGGCUUAGAAGAUGACCACAUUAAUCUUGGGGGAAGAUAUUUUCUGCAGAUCAUUUAUGUUCUAUAAUACAGAGGGGGGAAAAAAGAAAGUCAUUUUGUGUGCUCGUGUACUGACUAAAAGUUGAAAAGAAUUAAUUGAUUAGGUUGGUCUGAAAAAUAUCAUUUAUUUUAUGUUUUUCCUCCCUGAUGACCAGUCCUAGUACUUAUUAUUUUGCUUCAUUGAAUACAUUCAUUUUUAAGUAAAUAGUUCAUUAAAGUUUUAACAAUGAUUUAUAUUUAAAAGAAAAUUGAGAAGUUUUUCAUUUAGGUACAUAACAGCAUUUUAAUAUUAAAUUUUCUUUUAGUGUUAUGAAUUUUCAGAAUACAUAUGUUUCUGAUACAUAGGUUUUCUAUCAGCAGUAACAGUACAAAAUGAUCAGAAGUUUUGAACUAGAGAGGAUUAAUUGGACUUUGCCAAUCUAUUUCUUGUGCUUUUCUGUGUUGAAGUUAUAUCAUUUAAUUUGCUAUGUGUUUCAGGGAUAUUAAGAUUAGUACUUUCAGAUUAUUUUACUCUGCAAAUGGGUGAUAUGUUGUAAGAUGUAAUUGUUUCUGAAUUCUUUGUUAAAAUUAGAUUUUGAUAGACUGUAAAUCAGCAUCUGUGAAUUGAAAGUAAAUAGAUGUAUGUUGAAUUUUAAAAAAAUAAAAAUUAGAUAAUUUUUCAUUCUCCUAUGCUUUAGAUGUAGAUAUAAUUGAGUUGUGCCAAAUGCUUUCUAAGUGCCAUUUUUAAAGAUAAUCGUCUGUUGUUGAAUGUGCAGUGAAAUUGUCAGUCAUUUAUAAGCUAUAAUUAUUUAUUUUAAGAAAGUAUUCUGGUUUUUGAAACAGUGAAUCUCUGUUAACCCUCAACAGUCCUAAGUGACUUCUCAUAUGACAAUAGUGUUUUGUUAGUCAUGUCAUGUACAAAAAUCCAAGGUUAAGUUUUAUAUUUUAUAAUUUUGUACUUCUUUUUAUUAUCGGGUAUACUGUCUUGAUUUAAUAAUUAAAUUAACUGUUUACUACUAUUUGUUUUUAUUUACUGUGUUAAAUAUUUCUGGUUUUUAAUUUUAGUUCUGAAUUUAACAGUAUAAUUCUGAAUCUCUUUAUUAUUGGUACACUAUCUUGAGGGAAUAAUAAAAUUUACUG